ACAACAUGGAAAGAAGAUAGUGGAACUGAAUUUAUUUCACGAAUGAAGCCUGGUAUUUACAGAUGUUUGAUAGACCACCCCAGCCGUUUUUACAGAUUUUGUUCUUUUUAAACAAUAUGUUACGUCGAUGGCUGUAAACAGCGUUUGGGGAGUUUUUGUUUUAUCAGCGUAGCCUACCAGUGUUAGUUUGUUUACCAUCCUCAUUCGCAAGUUACAACAACAAAGACACAUUCUUAUGAGGCUGCUGGCUGUGAUAGCCUACACUAGCUGUCAUGGAUUACAUUCUACAGGUGAAGAUAGGAGCCCUUGUGGGGUUGUUACUACUAACCUUAUUUUUUGGGUUCAUCCCUGCUCGACUUAAAUGGUUUCAACAGUCCAGUGGAUCAGAUACUCAUCGGGCGGUGCUGAGCUACAUCAGCUGCUUCGCAGGGGGUGUCUUCCUGGCCGCCUGUCUGCUGGACAUCAUCCCAGACUACCUGUCAGACAUCAAUGCAGAGCUCGAGAUCCGAAACCUGAUCACUGACUAUCCGUUGCCAGAGUUCAUCAUGGCCAUGGGUUUCUUCACCGUGCUCAUCCUGGAGCGCCUGGUCCUGUCCUGCAAGCAGCAGAGCGAGCAGGGGGAGCGCCAGCCCCUCUUGUCAGGCCAGACCUCCCCGUCCCACGGCCACGGCCACGGCCAAGGGCACGCAGUGAGCAACGGUAGCGUUGCGGAGCUGGAGGCCAGCGGGGGUCCUCAUGUCCACAUGGACCUGCAGGCACACUCCUCCUUCCGCUCGUUCAUCCUCUUCUUCUCCCUGUCGCUGCACUCCAUCUUCGAGGGGCUGGCCAUUGGACUGCAGACCACCGAGUCCAAGGUGGUGGAGGUGUGCAUCGCCAUCCUGGUCCACAAGAGCAUCAUCGUCUUCAGCCUGUCCGUGAAGCUGGUCCAGAGCGCCGUGCCGCCUCUCUGGAUCGCCGCCUAUGUCCUGGUGUUCGCCCUGAUGUCCCCUAUAGGCAUCGCGGUGGGCAUCUGCGUCAUGGAGGCUGAUCUGGAAGCGGGCACGCUGGUGCAGGCCGUACUGGAGGGGCUGGCAGCCGGCACCUUCAUCUACAUCACCUUCCUGGAGAUCCUGCCCCACGAGCUGAACUCCCCCGAGAGGCAGCUGCCCAAGGUCAUCUUCCUACUGAUAGGGUUUAGCACCAUGGCUGCCCUCUCUUUCCUAGACUGAGAAGAGGGGCUUCAGCACCAUGGCGGGCCACUGUUUCAUAGACUGAGGAGACCUUCAGCAUCAUGGUGGGCUUCUGCUUUGUAGACUGGAAGCGGCUUCAGUAUCAUGGUUGGUUUGUCACUGUUUCAUGCAAUGAGGUGGAGAUGGAGGGAGAUGAAAGAAAUGAGGUGGAAUGUUGGAAGAUUUGGGAAGAGAGAGAAGGCUGGGGCUGAAAGGACAUGGAAUGGUGGAAUGACAAGAUCUGAGAACAUGUUUCUGUACAUGUUUCCUCUUGGCUGGACUUGUUUUGACUGGUUAGCAUGGCAUGGCAUGGGCUUCAUGGUGCUGCCAUGCUUAGCAGGUGUUUAAAUGGUCUUAAUUGUAUCAUGCCAUUUCUGUGUAUGAGCUUCACAGAUGUUCACAAAAUGGCUGAUUGACUGUUUUUUUGUGAAUUGGUAGAGACAUGCUCACCAGAAGGACUAUUACCCAAGAACAUGAUAAAGGUACUGACUGUGGACAGCUGUUGGAAAAAAGUAUUCUUAAAUGGUGGCAAAGAUGAGAGCAACACGUCAGAAAUGUAUAUUUGGACAACUGACUACUGGGAAGAUUGAUUGUAUUUGUCAAAGGAGGAACAUUGAUUCAUGUUGUCUGAACCUAAGAGAGUGAGGGAUUACCAGGCGAAUUGACCUGCAACAUCAUCCUUCAGCUCACCAUUGCAGGGUUACUUACUGUACAUUUGAACAAAUCUCUUUUAAUGCCGUGAUGUACUAUCACAGUGUUCAAAUAAUCCUAACUUUUUUUGUCUUAUCACAUUUCUUCUAUUUGAUUUUAAUCACAGCUGUUAAUAUCAAAUCUGUCUUUUUUAAGUGGGAUCUAAAAUGUAAUACCAUUUUUAAGAAAAUCAAAGAUAAUCAUUUUGCCUUUUUGUGGU